AUGACCCCGCAUAUCUCCCUUCAAGCUCCAUUUGUUCUCUCUUCAGGUUCUCGACAGCUGCUCUUCUCACCGUUAGCACCAGCCAAGCCACCACCAGCGGGAGCGCAAUUGAAAAAAUCAAGUGUAUCGGAAACUUAUCCGACAAAACUAUCCAAGCCAGAGAAGGAAAUUGUAGAAAAACUAAGGUCUGAUGACACAACAACUCUUAAUAUUGCUGACACCAAUAUAUCAGUUGAAGGGGCAAAAGCAAUUGCAGAAGCCUUGAAAACAAACCAGACAUUAAUCGCUCUUUAUAUGGAGAACAACAAUAUAUCUGCUGAAGGGGCAGAAGCAAUUGCAGGCGCCUUGAAAAGAAACCAGACAUUAACAACUCUGGAUAUCAAAGAUAACAGUAUAUCAACCGAAGGGGCAAAAGCAAUUGCAGAUGCCUUGAAAACAAACAAAACAUUAACAAGUCUCACUAUGUACCACAACAAGAUAUCAGAUGAAGGGGCAAAAGCAAUUGCGGAAGCCGUCAAAACAAAUCAAACAUUAACAAGUAUUUCUAUGUCAUACAACAAUAUAUUAGUCGAAGGGGCAAAAGCAAUUGCAGAUGCUUUGAAAACAAACCAAACAUUAAUCACUCUGGAUAUUCAUGGCAAUAAUAUAUCUGCUGAAGGGGUAGAAGUAAUUACAGAUGCGUUGAAAACAAACCAGACCUUAACAACUCUGAAUAUUGAAAAUAACAACAUAUCAGCUGAAGGGGCAAAAGCAGUUGCAGAAGCCUUGAAAACAAACGAAACAUUAACAACUCUUUCUGUGUCGUGCAACAAUAUAUCAGCUGAAGGAACAAAAGGAAUUGCAGUAGCCUUGAAAACAAACAAAACAUUAACAACUCUGGAUAUUGGUCAGAACAACAUAUCAGAUGAAGGGGCAAAAGCAAUUGCAGAAGCCGUGAAAACAAACGAAACAUUAAUCACACUUUCUAUGUCGCGCAACAAUAUAUCAGCUGAAGGGACAAAAACAAUCGCAGAAGCCUUGAAAAGAAAUCAGACAUUAAGAACUCUCACUAUGUACCACAACAAGAUAUCAGAUGAAGGGGCAAAAGCAAUCGCAGAAGCCUUGAAAACAAACCAAACAUUAACAUCUCUUACUAUGUAUGACUACAAUAUAUCAGAUGAAGGGGCAAAAGCACUUGCAAAAGCGUUGAAAACAAACAGAAUAUUAACAACUCUGGAUAUUGGUAGUAACAAUAUAUCGGCGGAAGGGGCAAAAGCAAUUGCGGAAGCCUUAACAACAAAUCAAAUAUUAAUCAUUUUGGAUCUUCGUGGCAAUAAGAUAUCAGAUGAAGGGGCAAAAGCAAUUGCAGAAGCCUUGAAAACAAACAGAACGUUAAGAACUCUCACUAUGUACCACAACAAUAUAUCAGUUGAAGGGGCGGAAGCAGUUGCAAAAGCGGUGAAAAAGAAUAAGGUGUGUAAGUUGAGUUAUUAG